UAAACUUCCUGACUAUCUUCCCAGUGUUUCGGCUAACUGUCCAUUCAUCUUCAAACCAUCAUGAGCCCUAAGAAGCGCAGGUCACAGAUCGCGUUCGAUGAGAAGAGUAAUAUGAAAAUUGAGCACUAUUUCUCUCAGGUCAAUAAAAACCACGAGAAAAAUUCCAGUAUUCCUCAAAUGAAGAUGGGCUCUAAAAAAGGUCCAAAAGAUAUAACUAACACCCAGGCUCAAGGACCCAAAGACCAGACCAUGCCCCCAAACAAGACCAUUUACAUCACCUUGGCUGUGAACCACAGGAAACACGUGCUCACACAUAGUGAAGGGGUUAGCUUGUACGCAGCACUCAACACUCUAAAGGCUGUCAAGAAGGAACUAAAAACUCAGCAGGGCAAAGAAAUGCUGGUGCUUGGCACGGAAGGAAUUGAAGGCUACAUCAAUCCUGGAAUGCCCCUCAGUUGCUUUCCUGAAAGCUGCCACGUGCUAAUCACAUUUGCCCAGAGUAGAAGUAGGCAGAAAGAAGGGAGCCAGGUAUUUGGCCGGCAUGACAAGGUGUCCCCUGACUGUGUCAAAUUUUAUAUUCAUGCAAUUGGGAAGAGAAAGAAAAAGAUAGUUAAGCGCAGGCAUCUUCACAAAGAAGGGUGCAAACUCUGCGUCUACGCUUUCAAAGGAGAAACCAUCAAGGACGCUGUGUGCAAGGACGGAAGGUUUCUCUCCUUUCUGGAGAAGGAGGACUGGAGACUCAUCAAAAACCUGGACUCCAUUCUAGAAAGCACACAGACUGUUGACAACCUGGAAGGCGAGCUCUUUGAGGUGGAAGUUGAGAAAACCACGGGCUCUGGAGCCGGAGCUGCUCAGAAUUUGGAGUCAGAGGAAAGAAACACCUGUGUGUUGAGAGAAGAAAUUGUAGCUCAGUACCCCAGUUUGAAGAGAGAAAGUGAAAAAAUCAGAGACAACUUCAAGAAGAAAUUGGGAAAUAAAAAGAACAAACCUUCAUUAUUUAAAUUGCAUGAAGUAAAGUUUGGGAAACUGACAAAAAACUCUACCCUGGUAAAAAUGCACAAACUUCUUUCUCAUCUCAGUGACUCAGUUGGGUACCUGUCAUGGGACAACAAUGGAAAUAGGGGUUCUGCCACCUGCUUUGUUUUUAAUAGGCUGUUCAUUUUAACUUGUCGGCACACAGUAAGUGACAUUGUGGGAAAAGGAAUAGACCCAAGUAAGUGGGCAGACAUAAUUGGUCAGUGCGUAAGGGUGACGUUUAGUUAUGAAGGGCCCCCCGAGAAAGAAGAGAACUGCUUUUUCGUUGAGCCUUGGUUUAAGGUAUCUGAUGCAACUCUCGAUUAUGCCAUUCUGCAACUGAAGGCAAAUGGACAACAAGUACCUUUGGGACUCUAUCACAGAAUUGCUCCUGCACCACUUAGUGGGCUGAUAUAUAUCAUUGGCCACCCGUAUGGAGAGGCAAAGUCUAGUGAUGCUUGCACUGUGAUCCCUCUGGAGCAGGGAGUAGGGAAAUUUCAGGAACAUCCUCAGGCUAGAGAGGGAAAGGGUAGCCGUGAUGAUAUGCAAUAUAUCCAUAUGUACACUCAAAGAAGCUUCCAGGACAUCGCUCAUGAUCCUGAUGUGAUUACCUAUGACACCUCUUUUUACUUUGGGGCUUCUGGCUCCCCAGUGUUUGAUGCAAAAGGUUCAUUGGUAGCCAUGCAUACUGCUGGCUUCGCUUAUAUGUACCAAAUUGGGUUAUCUCAUGUCGUUGAGUUUGGGUGUACUAUGGAAUCCAUUCUCCUUCAUAUGAAGCAAAACCAUGGACGGUGGUUUACAGAAGAAUGUAUAAAUCAGCAGGAUGUGGAAAUGGUGAGUGAUGAGGAUUGAGGAUGGUGAGAAUUCAGUUUAUUUCCUCGCUUCAGUGGAGUUGUUAUUCCAUAGGCAAUGGUGAUCAUUUCCUAAAUUCCAAAAUGGUUACUUCUGUUAUGAAAAAUUACCGUUAUAGAGCACUUCCCAUGCACCACUUCUCUAAACACAUGAAGACU